AGAAAUGAAAAUAUAAAGUCAUAGUUUUUAGUUUCUAGUCCGAGAAAAAAAAAUUUGUUAUGGUUUUCUGUUUUAAUGCUUUGAGUAAUUGAAAUUUGUUUUUGAAAUUGGCGUUUGUGCUGAUGUAACGUGCUAAUGUGAAAUGUGAAAUAUAUGUAUAAUUUAAGCCGUAUUUGCUAAAUAAAUCUCUGACUGAAAAACUGUUUUUGGAUUUGUGUUUCGUUUUCAAUAGAAACCAAAUUUGCACGGUGUUAAAGAAAUAUAUCAAAAAUGCUAAGCCGGCUUUCAUUGAUACGAUCCGGUGUAUUCUCAAAUGCAGCUAUUAAGCAUAAGAACCGCAUGAGCUCAGCAGUACAAAAUGCCAAAACUCUAGAUGCGCAGCCUCAGACACAGAUAACAGAUAGUCCUACAAUUGUACAACUGCAAGAUCGCAAAUUUGAAGAAGGAAAACAAUAUCAUGGAUUUCAGUGUGUACGUUGUGAGAAAGUGCCGGAAUUUGGUAUUAUGUCAUAUUCUUUUCAACACUUGGGCACAGGCACUGAGUUGUGGUAUGUGGAUCGUAAGGAUCAAAACAAUGCGUUUUCGAUUAAUUUUCGUACAACACCAUUCGAUUCUACUGGUUUACCACAUAUAUUGGAACAUAGUACUCUUUGCGGCUCUGAAAAGUAUCCGGUACGCGAUCCAUUCUUUAAAAUGCUCGAUCGGUCUUUAGCAACCUUUAUGAAUGCAAUGACUGGCCCAGACUACACAAUGUAUCCAUUUUCAACAAUGAACGAAGUUGAUUUCAGAAAUCUACAGAAAAUUUAUUUGGAUGCAGUUUUCAAACCAAAGCUUAGCUAUCUCGAUUUUCUGCAGGAAGGUUGGCGCUUAGAACACUCGAAUAUUCAUGAUAAAAAUUCGGAUUAUGUUAUAAAAGGUGUCGUUUAUAAUGAAAUGAAAGGAGCCUUUUCCGAAAAUUCGUCCGUAUUUGGACAAAGUUUGCUAAAUAAUUUAUUACCAAACCAUACCUAUAGCUACGUGUCUGGUGGUAAUCCUUUGGAAAUUCCAAAACUUACACACAAAAAUCUAGUAGAUUUCCAUCAAAAAUACUAUCAUCCAAGUAAUGCACGUAUUUAUACUUAUGGGUCUUUUGACUUAGGAAAAACUUUGUCCUAUGUGAACGAACAUUAUUUGAGCAAAUAUACAUACGUGGAUAACACAUAUAGCCGCAUACCGAAUCAACCACGCUGGGAUAAAGAACGAAAUGUACAUAUAUCGAGCCGCUUGGAUAGUAUGGGCGCACCAUUCGAAAAACAGAACCAAAUUGCAAUUGCGUUGUUAAUGUCUGAUGUAAUUGAUAUACAGGAAACGUUCGUUUUAUAUGUGUUGUCAGAAUUAUUGGUGCGCGGACCUAACUCGCCUUUCUACAAAAGUUUCAUUGAACCAAACUUUUCAGGCGGGUAUAAUCAGACUACAGGCUUCGAUCCGCAAACAAAGGAUACCUUCUUCUGUGUCGGUUUGCAGGAUGUACGUGUUGAGGAUUUUGGCAAGGUGAAAAAUAUAUUUGCAGAAACAGUGGAACAAGUUAUGGUGCAAGGUUUUGAUAGUAAGCACAUAGAAAGUGUGUUGCACAAUAUAGAGCUAUCCUUAAAACAUCAGAGUCCACAAUUCGGUCUUGGUUUGUUAUUUAAUACUACACCACUAUGGAAUCAUGAAGGAGAUGUUGUACAAAACUUGAGAGUAUCUAACAUGAUAGCUAAUUUCCGUAACAAUCUUAAAUGUGAUCCCAAGUUUUUACAAAGAAAGAUUGAGCAAUAUUUUAUCAAAAAUACGCAUAAACUCACUUUGACUAUGUCUCCAGAUGAAACUUAUGAAGAAAAUUUUAAAAUUGCAGAGUCCGAAUUACUUAAACAGAAAGUCUUAGGUUUAGAUAAGGAGAAAAAGGAUAGAAUUUAUGAAAAUGGAAUGAAAUUGGCAGAGGUACAGAAUUCAAUUACUAAUGUAGAUAUUCUACCUUGUUUAAAUCUGGAUGAUGUUAAGAAUGCUGCUAAGCAGGAACCAUUGCAUGUGCUUAAGCUGAGAGAAGUUCCAACGCAAGUAUGUAAUGUGCAAACUAAUGAAAUAUCCUAUUUGAAAUGCUUCUUUGACGGCUCCGAAUUGACGAAAGAUGAAAUAAAACUCAUACCACUUUUCUGUAAUGUCAUAAAUGACAUGGGAACCAAGAAUUAUGACUUCAGGGAAUUUGAUAAAAUUGUCUUGUCGCAAACUGGUGGUAUUGAUUUUAGGUUGCAUUUUGCUGAGAAUAUUUUUGAUAGUAAAUCAUACAACCUUGGCAUUCUAAUGACCACACAUGCCCUGGACAAAAAUUCUGAAAACAUGUUCUCACUUUGCAAGGAGUUACUAACAAAUUUCAGAUUAACAGAUACCGAACGGCUUAAAAUGUUAAUUGACAACUAUGUAUCGAAUAUAACGGUUGGUAUUACUAGCUCAGGACAUCUGUACGCUAUGCAAAGCUGUGCUGGUUUAGUCACAGAUGCUGCAAAACUUAAAUCUGAAUUAUCUGGCGUUGAGCAUAUAGAACACAUGAAAAACUACGUUAAAGCACACACAACUGAAGAAAUUAUGGAGAAUUUAAGAAUGUUAGGUGAAAAGUUAUUUAACAAAAAUGCUAUGCGAGUUGCUAUUAAUACAUCCAAGGAAUACUAUCCUAAGCUUGUAAAUCAUUAUGAGCAAUUCCUAAAUGAUUUACCAAGUGUUGAAUACAAAAAGAUGGAAAAUAAAGUAAAUUUACUGAAGCCAAGUUGUCAGCAUUUCGUUAUGAACAUACCAGUUAAUUAUUGCGCAAAGUCGUUUUUCUGUGUCCCCUACUCACAUCCCGAUCAUCCAGCAUUACGAGUUUUAGCUAAACUAAUUUCUGCAAAGUAUUUAUUGCAAGUCGUUCGAGUGCAAAAUGGUGCUUAUGGUGUAGGCGCCAAAGUUGGUUCAGAUGGUAUUUUUAAUUUCUUUAGCUACCGUGAUCCAAAUUCCACUAAGACUCUUGAAGCAUUCGAUAAUACGUAUAAAUGGUUGCAGGAGCAUAAUGAGCAAGUAACCGAACAGGCAUUAUUUGAAGCGAAAUUAGGAGUAUUACAGCAAUUAGAUGCGCCAGUGGCACCUGGAAAUGUGGGCAUCGACUUUUUCUUGUAUGGUGUAUCCCAAGAAAUGUUCCUUAAGUAUCGUAACCGAAUGUUGUCAGUAACACUCAAGGAAUUGAAAGAUGUCGCUGAAAGAUAUUUCAAGGCUGAGCCAGCAUACUAUGGUAAAUGCUUAUUGGGACCGGAAAAUAAGGCAUUGGAAACUGAAACAAAUUUGAAAUGGAAAACUAUAGUAUAAUUUUUUUUCGCUAAAAAUUGUUAUAUAAUAAAUAUAUUUUUAAGAAAUUAUGUAAAAAAAUAGCUGUACUGAUAAAUAUUAGAACGAAAAUAUGUUAUUGAACUGUUAAAAUGUGUGUAGAUAGUAAAGAUUAAAAAAUGAUGACAUGA